UCCUGUCUGUAAAUAAAACAAAUGAAACCAGGACACUGUGCAGUAUUAGAGGUGCAGAAGAGGAGCAAAGACCUCAAGAGAGCAGUGAUGAUAUUGUGAAGUUGGUGCAGGAGGCAGUGGGAGGGACUGCUGGUAUUCUGCAUAGGGUUGAAUAUGGGAAGCAUAUAAUCUGCCUCCUUGACACCAUGGACACGAUGCUUAUCACGGUAAAUCAAAACGUGCCCAGUGAAACUAGUACUGGCAAGGAAACAGAAGCAACUACAGGAAAGACUUCCAAAAAAGAGAAGAAAAAAGCCCAAGAAAGAGAACAGAGUACAAGAACUCAUUCUGGCAGCAACAUGGAAGCAAACACACAAGUAGAACAAACUGUCAACAAAAUUACUAACAUAGAGAAAAGAAAAAAGGUAGACCAAACAGCUGAAAAUACUAACAACAAAGAAAAAGAGAAAAAAGCCAUAGAAAAACAGCAGACAGUGGAUAAGAAAGCAAGGAGUAGCACAAGAACUGAAACCUCACUCCAUCAUAAGGCAAUGCAACAGUCUGAGUCAACUGUUGAACAUCCUACAGUGAAAAAGAUGGGACAGAAUAACAGCCGAAAAAGGGAGCACAUCUCAAAUGCAGUCAAGUCACCGAAGAGACAAAGGAAUGAGUCAAGCGUGCCCGCCAAGGCUUCUGUUGCAACACACCUGGCCAUAGAUGCCAUGUUGUCACCUGGGCAGAAUAGCAGCAUUGUUCCCAGCAGUGAAGGCAAUGUGCUGAAGAGAUUACAUGUUGAUCCAGAUGCAGGAACAGAUAAAGUUACAGGUCAGUUUAUGCAGCAUGAACCUCCGAACACCGGUGAAUCACCAAAUCAGCCAAAAAAAGCACGUGACCUAGAAGUCUCUGACAGAAGUCUUUCUUCCGAUGGGUCAGAGUCAGAGUCACAGGAUGAAGAUGGAUGGCUUACUGAUAGUGAUGAAGAUGACAUGAUUUCAGAAUUUAGUACAACCCAGAAAAAGAAGAGCUCCCUCCAUCGGACACAAGAAAGGCUGAAAAGAAGGAAUUACAGUCCAAAGCACAGAGAGUCAGUGAGCAAAGCUAUAUUCGAUAGUGACGAUGACAUCCUUAUUAUGGAACCGCCCAAGCCUGUGCCCAUAUCAGAAAACAAGAAAGACAACACAAAUUCUGAAAACAGCCAGAGCACAAAGGGGGUGCAGGGCAGACCCAUCAUGGCAUCACCAUAUGUUUCCCUGAAGACCCAAAGACCCAUUAGGAGAGCUGCAGGUGGACACCAGCAAAGCCUGACCACUUGCAGUUCCUACAUCCAAGGCCUCAUCAGUAACUCCAUCAUGAAGAAUGUUCCAGAGAUGAUGACUUCGGCCUCAACCAGGAUACCAGUGGACGGUCAAACGGAGGAGGAACCUGACCCUGAGGACAUGUGGGAUCUCCUGCCAGCCCUCCCCCAGCGGUCCUCCAGCUCCCUUGCCGCAAGGGCUGCCAAGACCAGCCUGCAAGAAUCUUGCAUAACGGAGACUGCAGCCACUGCUCCAGAGAAGCCAACAACUGUCACCAGCACCAACAUUAGUGGUGCAGUCAUCACAUCAAAGGCCUCCAAGGUAAUGAGGAGCUUCUGGAUAGAAAGUGAAGAAGAGGAAGAGGAUAAAGACACAGAAGACACAGAGUCACUCUUCAUGCCCACACUCCCCUUGGCCUCACAGCUGAUCCAAGAGAGCACCGUGCUUCCCAACUACAGCUCCCUUGGCCCCGAGCAUUGGAUGUCAGUAGCUAGAGCUAUGCAGAAGCGAAAAAAGGUAAUAGAAUAAGUGUGUAUGUAGUGAAGGCAAAAGAAUGUAAUUUAAUAUUUUUUAUAACAAAGGAGGCAGACCGUGGCUGG